AUGGGAAAUAAACAAUCUAUUGAAAAUAAUGAUAAUAAAAAUAAUAAAGAUAAUAAUAAAAUUAUUUUAGGAGAUUUUAAACAAAUUUAUGAAAUUAAUUUUUUACCAGGAACUGUAUUAUUAAAAAUAUUUUCAAUGGUAAAUGAAAAUGAUAAACCAAAUGAAUUACCAUCACAAUCUUUUUAUCAAUUAUCAUUAGUAUGUAAACUUUGGAGAUAUUAUAAUUUUCAUUCUAUUAAUAGUAUUAAAAUGGUACCGGAAAGGUUAGAGAAUUUAUUGAUACCUUAUAAACAAAGUGUAUUGGAUCAAGCAUUCCUAUCAAUUCAACAAAUCAUUGAAAAUAGUACAACCCUAACAACAUUAGACUUUUCAAAUAUUGAAAUCGAUAAGAAAAGGGCAUCACUAAUAUCAAUGUCCUUGGAAACCAAUUCAACCAUUUUAUCAAUGAAUUUUGAAUAUUGCUAUUUGGAUAAUGACUCUAUCAUUCAACUAUGUAGAGGUUUAGAAAAGAAUAAAUCAAUUAUUGAAUUGGAUUUCAAUAAUAAUAAAAUUGGUCCACAAGGUGCCCUUGCCAUUGCAAAUAUGUUAAAAGUUAAUAAAUCCAUUGAAACCAUUAAUUUAUCAAAUAAUGAAAUUGGAAAUCAAGGUGCUAUGUCAAUGGCUGAUAUUUUAAAAACAACAAAAAGAAAUGUAAAAUUAAAUUUAUCAAGUAAUCAUAUUGGUGACGAAGGUGUUUUAGCAAUAGUUAAAGCAAGACAACAAAACAAUAAUGGUGCAAAAACCUCUUUUAUUUAUAAAAGUGGUUUAAAAUUUACAACUGUUAAUGGUAAAUCAACUGUAGUAUGUCCUUAA